AUGGAGCAACACAAUUCAUCUUUGAUGGUAGAGUUAUCUUACCCAGACUUGGUUAUCAAUGUAGGAAAAGUGACUUUGGGUGAAGAAAACAGAAAGAAGCUACAGAAAACUGAGAGAGACCAAGAAAGGGCAAAAGUUACUCAGGCUGCUUGUAUUUUACUAAACUCAGGUGGAGGAGUGAUUCGGAUGGAAAUGACAAACAAGAAUGAGCAUCCCGUGGAAAUGGGACUGGAUUUGGAACAGUCUUUGAGAGAGCUCAUUCAGUCUUCAGAUUUGCAGGCCUUCUUUGAGAGCAACCAACAAGGAAGAUAUUUUUCCAUUUUUGUUCAGUCUUGGAGCAGUGACCUUUUCCCUAAAGACGGUAUCAUCAAGCCCCGCAUUUGCAGCCUGUGCUCUGCACUCUACCGCAGGUCUGGCACCUCGGUGCUCCUCAUGAGUUCAAGAGAAGCAUUCAAUUUCCUGAAAGCCAAGAAAAGGAAUGCACAAAACAGCUCAGAGAUAGAACCGCCCAGUAAAGCUCUCAGAAUUACACCUCAGAGCCUUCGUAACUCGGAUCCUGCUUUCCUGGUUUUCCAAAGAGACAGGCUUGAAUAUGGUGAAAUCCUGCCUUUUCCUGAGUCCCAAUCUAUAGAGUUUAAACAGUUCUCUACAAAACACAUCCACACAUAUGUAGGAAAUAUAAUUCCAGUCUACAUCAGUGCAUUUGCAAACACUGUGGGAGGCUAUCUUUUUAUUGGAGUGGAUGAUAAAAGUAAGAAAGUCCUGGGAUGUGCUAAAGAAAAUGUCAACUGUGACUCUUUGAGGCAGGCAAUAGACAGAGCAAUAUCCAAAUUACCUUGCAUCCAUUUUUGCCAAUCCCCAAGCGAGAUCAACUUCACAGUCAAAAUCUUGGAUGUGUUUGACGAGGAAGGGCUGCAUGGUUAUGCUUGUGUGAUCCGAGUGGAGCCAUUCUGUUGUGCAGUGUUCUCAGAAGUUCCCAGUUCUUGGAUCGUGAAGGACAGGAACAUCUGCAGCCUGACAACUACAGAGUGGGUAGACAUGAUGAUGGACACCGAUCCAGAUCUUCUAUGGUUGUGCAAAGACUUUGAAUCUCAGCUGAGUCUAGCUAAUGGGCCUCCUCUUAACAGACCAGUGUAUUCCAAGAAAGGCCUGGAACAUAAGAAGGAUCUGCAGCAACUCCUAUUUUCAGUGCCAUCAGAACAUUUGCGAUGUACUCCAGAAUCCCUUUGGAAGGAGUUGUCCUCACAACAUGAAGGACUGGAGGAGUUAAUGGAGAAGGAAAUGCAUCCUUUCUCCCGGGGAAUCUUGAUCUUUUCUAGAAGCUGGGCUGUAGACCUGGAUUUGCAAGAAAAGCCUGGAGUCAUCUGUGAUGCUCUGCUGAUAGCACAGACCAGCCCCCCCAUUCUCUACACCGUUCUCGGGGAGCAGGAUACACAGGGUGAUGACUAUUCCACCCACACCGCCUUUACUUUAAAGCAGAAGCUGGUGAAUAUGGGCGGCUACGCUGGGAAAGUGUGUGUCAAGACCAAGGUCCUCUACCUGAGUCCUCAGAGGACUCAAGUGUCCUUGAAAGGUUCAGGCUGUCCGAUAGAUUACCCUGCAUCCUAUAAUCUUGCAGACACCCAGCAAAUGGAAGCCUUGCUGCAGUCCCUCGUGAUUGUCUUGCUUGGCUUCAGGUCUUUUUUGAGUGACCAAUUCAACUGUGAGGUUUUAAAUCUGCUCACAGCCCAACAGUAUGAGAUAUUUUCAAAAAACCUCCACAAGAGCAGAGAAUUAUUUAUCCAUGGCUUACCCGGAACAGGGAAGACUGUCAUGGCCACGAAGAUCAUGGAGAAAAUCAGGAAUGUAUUUCACUGUGAUGCAAAUAAUAUUCUCUACAUUAGUGAAAACCAGCCUCUGAGGAAUUUUUUGAGUAAGAAAAAUAUCUGUCAGGCAGUGACUCGAAAAACCUUCAUGAGCAAGUACUUUGAAAACACUGAACACAUUAUUAUUGAUGAAGCUCAGAAUUUUCGCCUUGAAAAUGGGGACUGGUAUGAGAAGGCAAAAAUAAUCACUAAUAGGAAAAAGGAUUGUCCAGGAAUUCUCUGGAUUUUUCUGGACUACUUCCAGACUAGCCACAUGGAUAAGAGUGGCCUCCCCCAACUCUCAGCCCAGUAUCCAAGAGAAGAGCUCACCAGAGUCAUUCGCAAUGCAAAUCCAAUAGCAAAAUACCUACAGGAAGAAAUGCAGGUGGUGAGACAAAAUCCUCCAUAUAACAUCCCACCUGGAUCCCUGGAUAUGUUUUGUGAAAUUGAAUGGGCUCAGGGUGUUCAAGGAACCUUAAAAAUUAUGAAAGAGCUCACUGUAAAGCAAAUGGUGACCUAUGUGGCAGAUACCUGCUCGAUCCUCUUUGCAAAUGGCUAUUCUCCCAACGAUGUUGCUGUGCUUGUCAGCACGGCCAGGGAUGUGAAUUAUUACAAGUGCGAGCUCUUGAAAGCAAUGAGGAAGAAAAGGAUAGUGCAGGUCUGUGAUGCCUGUGACAUGUUCAGUGACCAUAUCGUAUUGGACAGUGUCCGGCGAUUCUCAGGGCUGGAGAGGAACAUUGUGUUUGGGAUCCAUCCAAAACCAGUUGAGGCAAACAUCUUAGGCAACUUUCUCGUCUGUCUGGCUUCCAGGGCAAGACAACAGUUACAUAUUCUGUGGCAUUAUUGA